CCACCCCUUCAAUCCCAUCUCUCCCACCACCGCGAAAACCAGAAUAAUCAAACCUUGCAUCGGCUCCGGAACCAGGCAGAGAAAAGUUAAACAAAAAACUCUUCUCCACCCUCCACCUCGCCAAGUAACAAAAAAAAAAACUUCACAACCGGCCGUGAGAGGCAAACCCAACCACAACCACAAUCAUGACGGCCGCUCCGCCGGUCCAAAAGGACCACCAACCACAGUUGCCAAAAGGCACUAAAGAGAUGCACCAAAAGGCCCUCGCGGAGAUCGAGCUGCAGCAGGCAAAGCUGCGGGAGAUGAUCGCCAGCAAGCGGGCGGAGAAGGAGACUUUGCAGGCUGUGUAUGAGAGGCUCAAGAAGAGGGGGGAUGAUGGGAAGAGUUAGGGGUUGAGGAAGAGAUGGAGGUUAGAUUUUGCGUUGCGGUUUUUUGGAGUCCUUCUUUCAGAGAAGGAUGGGGUUUUAUGGGGCCGAGUUGUGUUUCUGGGCUGAAUGAAGGAUAGGGAGAGAAUGAGGGAGGGUGGGGAAUAAAGAUUAGACAAUGUAUGUGGUUUUUUGGAGUUUUCUUAUGAAUUUGUGUUUCGACGGGAUGGAGUUGGACGGGAUGAAGGAUAAAUCAGUGUAAUGAUAAUGUUAUAGAACGCUAUGUGAUGCCCUGCCCUGACACGGUGGGCUAAA